AUACAGGUUUGUCAUGCUCUUUGAUCCUCUUUCUCGACUUCAAUUGGUAUUGGCGAAAGAUCUGGUUCAUGAGAUGAUUCUUGUUGUUUCAGGUGGGGUAGCCGACGACCAUGGGUCGCUCGCUUCCCGUCGUGCGAAAUCCAAGUUUGGUGGCCAAACUUCGCAUGACCGCCCCGUUGGUUCUAUGAGGGGUGAUCCUUCGAAAAGGAAAAAGAUUGCCCAUAAACCUCAUGUUGAUCAGCGCUCCCAUGGGGUAGAUUCAGGAGGCUUUGCCGACGGGGAGGAAGGGUUCUUCGAGGAGGGCGAGCUUCCACCAGGUCCGGUAUUCUCUGGGGCUGACAACAUGGACUGCUUCAUGCAGCAGGUGUGCGACGCCCUUCGUGAUGGCUCCCUGGGCAUUGAUCUGAACAUCGAUCUUGGGCAGGCAGAUGGUGUUGAUCCCACCGGUUCAUUUUCAGAUAUACCUACAUCCGGUGCUGCAGGUGUUGCGACAGAAGGGCCAGACGGGGAUGGGGCCUCCCCUAUUGCAGAUUUCGAAGAGCAGGGAUAUGUUCCUGCACCGGUCUUCCCGAGACCUGACUCUGGACUGUUAGCCGAUAUGUUAGCUGAACAAGCUCCCACCGGGACUGUGAGACCACUCUUUGAGAGUGAUUCAUCCACAGGCGCUGUACCUGAUUCUGCUAUAGCUUCGGGUGUUUUCCCGCCUUCGCCUAAUACGACUGACUUGCCCACGAGGGUUGAUAUACCUUCCAUGAGCAUUCCUGUCGUUACUUCGGAGCCUGUCGAACCCCAACCCGAGGGGAUUUCCGCCGGUAUAGGUUCUCGACCGUCUCUAUAUGAGCAGGUCCAUGCUCUCUUGGCCGAUACCAAUCCAGAUGGGGAUGUCUUCCGCACUGACCUCGGCUUCUUUACUGCCUUUUAUAACGGCGUGAUUGAUAAGCUUCUGCACAGAGGGUCUUCUUUUGAUCAGUUCAGGCGUUCCUUCUCCCGUCACAUGAUGAUGAUGAGGGAAGAGGGAUAUCCGGAUUUGGCCGAUUCCUUUACAGCUGAUUUCGCUGCCCUGGAGUCAGAGAUUCGAGAGCUGAGGGAGUUGAAGGCUGGUGGAGCUCCCUCUUUUGCAUCUUCUCAGGUGGAGGAUAGGUUGACGCAGUGGCAUGAACUGCGAUCUUCCGUUGGCAGCGAGCUUCGAUCACGUGAGCGCACUGUCGAGCAGCUGAUGGCCUCUCUGGCGAGGAAAGACACCAGCAGAGCUGAGUUAGUGAGCUCCUUAGAUUCCACUCGUGCAGAGAUAGCUAGACUGAAGGAGGCCUUGGAACGCGCCGAAGAAUCUGCCGCUACCAUUUCUGAGGAACUGGUUGGGUUGGAGCGUUCUCGUGAAUGGACACUCGACAGGCUGGGAUCAGUGCAGGAGGGGUUGAUGAAGCUACGACACGAAGCCGCAGAGGUUCUCAACAGUUCCGAAGAUUCUGUCCGAGCUAGCCUGCAGGCGGAGUUCGAGCAGGACUAUAUGGACAGGCUCUCUGGUUUAGAGUCUCAUAUUCUUAGCCGUCGGUUGCCUUCGGACUAACGAGCUUUUGUUGUAUGCUUUUGACUUGAUUUAUUAAUAGAAAAUCCGCAUUUGCUUCUUUUGU